GACUUCUAAAACCUCUACAGUAUACAAUUCUUUAACUACUUCGAUGCACGCACACACCUUCAGCCUAGACUACAACAUGUACGAGCGCGCUAAAAUAGAUCUGCACUUGCAAGGAACAAGAUAGAGAACACCAACCCUCUUCAUCCCAGCUUCCGAAGCGGAUAAGAACCUCAAGACGUACUCUUUUAAAAUGGAAGAAUCACUCAGCGUUGCACAAACGAUUCUUCAUUGUUGAUAACCCAGCGCGAAGUCAUCGCUUUAACUUGAUGCCGCGACUUGUUCGCGUCGUGUCCAUUGUAGUGGCGGUGGCAGCCACGAUCUGUACCCCAGUCGAGGCAGCCAAUCUUCGCGGCAGUGCUAGCGUCCCCAAGUACGACUGCAACGCCCCGCCGUCGAUUUACCAGGGCUCAGUCAAGUUCUCAAGCACAAGUCCGGGCUCGACGGCGACGUAUUCGUGCAUGAGAGGCACGAACAUAAAGGGCUCAAAGACACUUCGCUGCACGAAUCAAGGCAUUUGGUCUCCCCAACCGCCUGAAUGCCGCGUCACGUACCUGGCGUCAAGGGACAACACCUUCAGGAACCACGACUCUGGAUACGCGCUGUACUCUGGCUGAGGUCUCGAUAAAUAACAGCUAAUAAUCUUUAACCCAAAUUGGAUACCAUCGUGUUAUGAUACUUCUUUAGUUUCCCUCAUAUCGUCAAUUGGGUACGUCGUCAUAAACCUUCGAUACAUAAACUGACACAUCACUCGAU